UUUUUUUUUUUUAUAUCUAUACAAUUUUUAUUUUAUUUUAUUUUAUUUUUUUAGCCUACCAAACGCAGAGCUGAAUCACCUAAAUUACGUGGUAGUAUCACUAUUCCUACACAAGAUGAACUAGAACAAUAUGAUGAAGAAGUAGCUUCUCCUUUGGUUAUGGAUCCUAUUAACAAUUCAUUACCUUCUUUAUCUUACAUGUCUCCUAAUUUGUUACAUCAUUAUACCCCUCCUGCUCUCAAUAAUCAUGAUCCUGCUGGUUCUUAUUACUUUGGUCAAAUGUCACCAUCAACAAUGCCAUCUACUCCUCACUAUGAUCCAACUCAACAACAAACAAUGAAUGCUGGUGGUCUUAGUUUUGAAGAUUUAUUCUCUAUGUAUUAUCCUUCCAACAACAACAACAAUAACAAUAUAACAACAACAACGACACCACCACCAAUGUCAGUAUCAACUACAACACCAAUGAAUAUCAAUCGUUUUGAUCAUCAUUCUAGUCCUAGUUCUCCUUCUUCAUCAGUAUGUUCUAACACAAGUACUGACAUGCCAUCAUCAACUUCAAAAUCUACGUUACCAACAGUCAAUCAGAAAAUGUCAUCUCAAGGAAAAACACAAUGUUCUAAUUGCAACACUCAAACUACUCCAUUAUGGCGACGAAAUGCUCAAGGCCAACCUCUAUGUAAUGCUUGUGGUCUAUUUUUGAAACUUCAUGGUGUGGUUCGUCCUCUAAGUUUGAAAACAGAUGUGAUCAAGAAACGAAAUCGUUCCAAUGUAACUGGAAAAAAAGGAAAGCAAUCUUCACAACAACAACAACAACAAACAACUCCUAUAACACCACCAGCAACAGGAUCAUCAACUUCUGGACAACCUUUAUCUUCGCCCAUAUACAACUCAUACGCACCUCAACAUCGCAACAGUAUUGCUAAUAGUUCUUCGACAUCAGCUAUCCAAUUAUCAUCUUCUUCAACUACUGAAUCCAUGACACAAUCAACAUCAACAUCAUCAUCAUCACAAUCAUCAUCACCGCAACCACCACCUGCUGCAACCACCACCACAAUCAACACCACCGCCACCACCAUUGUUGCACCCCCACCUAUUAGCAAAAGGCAACGUCGCACGACAUUCAUGUCAAAUAUAUCAUCAUCACCAUCCUCAUCCUCAUCGCCACCAUCUACACCAGGAUUUUAUUCAACUUCAGUACCUGAUGGCAAUAUGUAUUCACCUUCUCCUUAUCAACAUGCAGGCCGUGGAAACAAUGGAUAUGUAGAAAUGUAUACCAACAACACUUAUGGUUUAUCACAUCCUAAUCUAUCAUCAUCUCCUCCUGGAUUAUUAUCCUCUUCUUCAUCUCACUCUUCUUUGGCAAGUUUAUGGUCCAACAACACAUCAACAACAUCACGUCCACCAGGGUCAAUGUCAGGAAAUGAAGUUUAUAGUAUUUUGGAAUCUAUUGGUAUUCAAUUGAAUAAUCUUCCAGCUGAAAUCCUUCCUUUGAUUGCUUCCGCUGCUCAAUAUCAUGCUGCCAAUAAACAACGUCAACAAGGUGGAUCAACUACUCCUUCUCCUGAUGUGACAUCCAUUCUUCAACAACUCUUCCCUCCUCAACAACAAACAUCAUUAAAUCAUCCUCCAUCAUGAAUUAGUUUGUUAGUUAUUUGAUAUUUGUAUGAUAGCGCGUAUCUUUUUUUUUUCUUUUCUUUAUAUAUCAUUCUCAAUUUGUUUGUACAUUUUAUCCUUUUUUUUCUUCUUCUUCUUUUAUAUGACAAAAUAAAUCAAUAUUAUUAUAUGCUUUUUAUGACAA